UCGAUCCGGAAUCCGGAGCUCACUCGUGUUUACGUCGCGUUCUCGCGGGCUGCUCAACGCGUGUUCGGCGUGUUCAUGAAGUUCGAUUUUCGCGUAUUGAAAUGGAUGAACGCUAUAACUCCGACCGCAAUGAACUGUAAACCAAGCCCAUAUUGAUCCGUACUCGUCUACGCGAUGGAAACAUGGUCCACGAAGUUGGAACUGCCGGCUGACAGCGUCGAGUUUUGCCCAAGUCAACCGGAAUGCUUUGUGGUCGGCACCUACAAAUUAAACGAAGAGACUAGGAACCGCAAUGGUGCCGUAGUCGCCUUUCGGCGCACUGGCGACGCUUGCGAUCGAGUGGGCGUUUAUGAAGUGCCAGGAGUCUUGGACUUGAAGUGGUCGCAUGACAACCUCGCAGUUGCGCUCUCGGAUGGCGCAGUUCAAGUCCGUCGUCUGCUCUCCACUGACAAUGGUGCGGUCAACAUUGAUACCAUAGCCGAGACUGGACCGUCUGAAGCCGGCUCGUUGGCCUUGGCGGUCUGCUGGAAUUCAAUGGAGCCCGAGAAGCUCACCACAAGCUACUCCAACGGGGAGGUGUCUGUGCUACGGUUCGCGGAGUCAGAGCUGGAGCACGAGCGGACGUGGAGCUGUCACGACUUCGAGGCGUGGACCGUCGCUUGGGACUCGACGGAUCAGCACGUCUUCUAUACCGGCGGUGACGACUGCCUCUUGAAAAUUUGGGACACAAGAUCUCCCGAAGGGGUGAGGACAAUUCGUAGGCACUCCAUGGGUGUCACUGCGAUCCAGUCUCAUCCCAGCACGGCCCAUCUGCUGGCAACCGGAGGCUACGACGAGACGGUUUUCUUCUGGGACACGAGAACGACGCGAACUCCGGUCAGAGAGUCCGCCGUCGGCGGCGGAGUGUGGCGUCUGAAGUGGAACCGGAGGGACCCGCGGCUUUUGGCCGUGGCAGCAAUGCACGGCGGUGCCUGCGUCCUGCGCUACUCUGCCGACUCGCAAACAGCCCAGUGUGUGAGUAAGUUCACGAAGCACGAAUCGAUGGUGUAUGGAAUCGACUGGGCCGAAGAUGGUGCCCUGGCCUCCUGUUCCUUUUACGACCACAGUCUUUACCUGUGGAAUGCUGGGCUUUAGUGUUGCUCUCAUGUCUGUGAAUGCAAUGCAGCUAAACCGAAAAAUAUGUCUAGCUCUUGUUACAAAUAAAGACAUUUUUAUUGCCCCGUUUAUGCAC